UAAAGGAUCUAGCAUAGGUCAUAGCUGCUGCUCAAAUUCAGUCCCUGCCUAGGGAACUUCAUAUGCCACAGGUGCGGCCAUAAAAAAAAAAAAAAGUCCCUUUCCAUGUCACAUAUGGUUAUAUACCCAGCAUGCACACCGUCACAUCUGAUGUGUGUGAACUAUGCAGGUAGGGUAUGUUAUUCACCAAACCCUGUCAACAACACCCACUGUGCUGCCUGGCAGUGGUGGGGUUGGGUCAAAACUUUCACCAGAUCUUCAAAAAGUAACUAUAGUGCAUAAUGUCCUCUGGGCCUCCCAUCUAGAUAGCUUGUGGGGCCACUCUCUUGCCCUCUCUUUCCCUGCCCCCAGGGUCUGAGAUAAUGAGGGCCAGGGAGCCAGUCCUAGCAGGAAAUCGAUUUAAGAUCCUUGGAAGGGUCUCAAUGGGGACCGUAGACAAUUUCAUAAAAAUCAAGAAGCUAAACAUCCACCCUCCAGUCUCACCAGAGCCCCCAGAGUCUCCAGUUUUAGUCUUCCUUCUCCCCUGGUGUAAAGCCUGGAGCCUCUGGACUUAACCUUGGUAUGUAAGGAGUCAAACUAGGGAGCAGGUGUUUGGUGCUGAAUCGUGGAACCAGGGAGACUCAGGCUGAGCAUGGAGAGGGAGGGGAGAAGGGGCGUUGAGGCACAGGAAGGCUGUAGAGGGUGGCAGCCCAGGUCAGCUCCUGCUGACUUCGUGGGAUCUCAGGUCUGGUUUUUACACUAGCCCGGGAAGGAGACAACAACCCUCUCGUGUCUGCUCACUUCCUUAAACUCCUGCCUAGACAGUUGGGUCGUGCGUAGUAACUGUAGGAACGUGGCUGAGACCCAGGGAGACGGGCAUGUCAGGUGGCAAGUGAAGUGCAGGAAUGAGAUGAGCUACACUAGGAGAGGUCCAACAUCUACCCCUUAGCCUCAGCCACGAAGUUACAGAGCCAGCAGUUAUUUUCAAGAAGCGAAGAAAAGAUAGACUGUGACAUAUGAGAGGACAGUCCUCAGAAGGACCACCGCCUGUAGCUAACGAAACUGGAAGCGGUCAUUGCACUUAAGCCCCUCGAGGAAUGAUCUUCCAGCAGAGCAACGGGGGGACAGAAAGGCCAUUUGUUAAAUCUCCCUCUUCCUCUCCUCUGGACAAGUGCUUUUGUCCUGGUUGAAAUUCUCACCGAACCUGAGGGUGGAUACCCUAAAGGUCUCUACAUCAGAAGCACUUAGAAUAGUUAUCUUACUGAGAUCUCUUCAGCCAACAGGCUAAAGGAUCUUUCCCAGGCAGAUAUCUCCUAGUCUCAUUAGUCUGGAUUUCUUCUAUGUCUAAGUUCCCUCCUUCAAUUUCUCCCCAUGAAUUCUCUUUCUGACUCUUAUUCUGCCCUGUCCCUUAAAAUGUGGAGCACAUGCUUGGAUUCCGAAGAGUCUGUCCUGAGCUGGUAGCGAAAUGAAGGUGGGAACCCAAACUUGGUAUUUCUCUUCAUCAUUUGUUAUUUACUAUCCACCCUUUCCAGGCUGUCUCAGCUUUGAAAACUGCCUGGAUUUGUUGACAUCAGUGUUUCCAAGUUUCCAGAUUGUGUCUUAGGGCUCCAUAAACUUAAAUUUGAAUUCUAGCUCUGUCUCUGAUUGGCUCUAAGACUUUAGGCACAGUGUAAAAUUCUCUAAGCUUCUCUCACCUUAUUUGCCCCUUGAGGUCUAACAUGACUCGUGGGGUCUAUAUGCUACUGCUUUUGCCAUGUACCUGGUGCCUGGCAAAUAGUAGGCGUCCAUCAUGUGUUCUAGGUCCUUCUUCGUCACCACCUUACCUCAUUUUCGUGUCAAAGAUAUUUUCUGCCUUAGGCUUUAUGAGUCAUAUUGUUAACCAUCGUGUUGCUUACCUGGCCCUGACAUGUAAGGUUAUCCUGGCUCUUCUGAAUUUACUGUGAUGGGUAAUGUGCCGAGCACAGGUCAUGGAAGCUGAGGAAACUGCAUGAGAGUCCGUCUGCCUUUCCAGUGGACAGUGAGUUCAUGAUACGGGCUGUGAAUGUCAUUGCUAUUUAGAGAAUGAAAGGAAACGGCUGUGUAUAUAACUGUGUAUAUUUCUCUACUAAGCUUAUUGAUUCAGCUAACGAGUCUGCCCUGUUUUCGAAGGCCCAUGAAGCUCUUGGUGUUAUGCUAGCUCCUUGUACUUGCCAGUGACUUGUCAUCUGGGUGGGAAGAAAAACCUAACUGUUGUUUAGAGCCUGGAAUCUAGAGGAACAUCAGAUCUUGAUUCAAAUCCCCUCUGGGCCAUUUUUCUUUGACUUUGAUGUCAACUUCUUUCUAAGCAUCUGUUUUCUCACCUACGACAUGGUACCAUUAAUAGAACUUUAUUCACAGGUGUUUUUAAGGAGAUGACGCAUGCACAAGUUAGUAACAGGUAACUAAGUAAAAUUUAACUCUAACACAUGCAUUCACAAAAUUGCUGGGCACUUACUGUCUGCGAAGGCACAUUCUGUCUUUACAGAUGUCAACAAAACAAAGCCGUCCCCUCUUUAAGUGCACAUUGUAGUGGGAUUACGGAGGGAAGUGAGAUCAUUGCCCUGGAAGUCAGAAGGCUUAAAUUGGCAUAUGGCUUCUGCCCAGUAACUGGCCUCUUCUGAUUCUUCGUCUCUUCAUUGACAGAAGAAUGAGCCCUGCCAGUAUCGUUGGCUUCUGUUCUGUAGACACACGUGGACUCUGCCCUGUGAUCGGGGCUGUGGGCUUGGUUGCUGGUGCGUCAGUCUCUGCUCCCACCUAGGUCCCCGGCAGUCGAAUUCCCAGACUUCUGAGGAACGGCCGUUUCUGACGGAUCAUGAGGAUCAGAACUUUGAUUUCCUCCCCCAGCAGAGCCGAGAAUAACCUCACAGCCGGUAUUCACGCUCUCCUGUUCUCGCCGGAGUGCUGUGAGCUGAAUCUGAAUCCAGCCAGGCUUCCACAGCAGGAAGAUCAGAGGAGAAGGUGAGGAAGUGUCUAAGGUUACCCGUUACAUAGAGCUGAUGAAGUUAAGCAAAAACAGAAGGAAGGAACCAAGAGGGGAGGGAAGGAAGGAAGAAGAUAAGAUAAAGAAAUAGGAAAGGAACUAGGGUAAGAAACAGUGAGAGACCCAACAGGACAGAGGCAUGCAUGUGAGGAGUGAUUCAUUAAAAUUCCACUCACUAGAGGUAGACAGAGUUCAGUAUAACCAACUUAUAUGUCCGCUGCUGUGAAGGAUAAGCCCUGCAGUGAAGAUCCUUUGCACCUCUUAGCCUGAAGAAGCGAAGCCAAAACAUUUCAGAGAAAAGAUUUUCUCUAAAACAAUGUUGAGAGGGAACGAGGGACCAGAAGGAGAUGAGCUCUGGAGGAGCUAAGUCUACUUGAGUCUAACCUUCCUAUCUCUUUUGUGAAAUUUCUUCCCGGGCGCCAUCACUCGUUUUUCCCAGUUCACGUCAGGAAUCUGGAAGGCCUCCAACUCCCCCUUCCAUGCACACACAAUGACACCGAGGACCCUGGAGAACAGCAGCAGCAUGUCCUCCACCUUCCUGCUGAGUGGUCUUCCGGGCCUGGGGCACGGGCACAUCUGGGUCUCCAUCCCGCUGUGCUUCCUAUACCUGGUCUCCAUCCUGGGCAACUGCACUGUCCUUUUUAUCAUUAAGACGGAGCCCUCGCUCCACGAGCCUAUGUACCUCUUCCUGUCCAUGCUGGCGCUGACGGACCUGGGUCUGUCGCUUUGCACCCUCCCCACGGUGCUAGGCAUCUUUUGGGCGGGGGCCCGAGCUAUCGGUCACGAUGCCUGCUUUGCGCAGCUCUUUUUCAUUCACUGCUUGUCCUUCCUGGAGUCCUCCGUGCUGCUGUCUAUGGCCUUUGACCGCUUCGUGGCCAUUUGCCGCCCUUUGCACUACGCUUCCGUUCUCACCGGCGCCGUCAUCGGCAGGAUGGGCCUGGCUUCCGUGGGCCGCAGUGUGGCGCUCAUUUUCCCACUGCCGUUUAUGCUCAAAAGAUUCCCGUACCGAGGCACCCCCGUGCUCUCCCACCCGUACUGCCUCCACCAGGAAGUGAUGAAGUGGGCCUGCGCAGACAUCAGGGCCAACAGCAUCUACGGCAUGUUUGUCAUCGUUUCCACCGUGGGCGUGGACCUGCUGCUCAUUCUCCUCUCCUACGUCCUGAUCCUGUGCUCCGUGCUGUCCAUCGCAUCCAGGACCCAGAGACUGAAAGCGCUGAACACCUGCGUCGCCCACAUCUGCGCGGUGCUCCUUUUCUACAUCCCCAUGAUUGGCCUGUCCGUCAUCCACCGCUUUGGGAAGCAGGCGCCUCAUCUGGUCCAAGUGGUCAUGGGCUUUGUGUAUCUUCUCUUCCCUCCCCUGAUGAACCCCAUCGUCUACAGCGUGAAGACCAAACAGAUCCGGGAUCGUGUGAUCCGCGCCUUUUGUCAUUAACUGGGUCUGGUCUUGGGGGCACUUUUCCUUAAAUGUACCCUUAGUCGUCUGUUCUUUAUAAUAGGCAGUGCGUAUGAGGUGGAGGAGAUUGUUAUGUAUUUACUCAACAAAUAAGAAAUCACACCGCUCACAGGACCCCCACUCUGGUGGCGAGGAAAUACAAAGCAGUGUGGCGUGCUGGAUUGUAUUUCCAAAAAUGGCCCAGAAAUAUUUCCAACCCCGUAUUCUUUUCCAGAAACCUUCACUCCUCCAGCCGCAGGUAGAGUCUCUUUCUUCUCCCUUUGUAACUGGCUCAGACUUUGCAGAUGCCUCAGUGAGCUGAAUGUCAAGGCAGUGAUGCUGUAAGACUCCUGACACUGGGUCCCCAAAGGCGAUGUAUUAUUCUUUGGUACCUGCCCUCUCUUCCUCUCUCUCUUUUUCUUUCCCUCUUUUUCUAGCUCUAUUUCUAUAUGCAUCCACCUCUGACUCACGCAGUGCUUGCUUUUCAAACCCAGUCACCAUACUGAGCAGAAGCCUAGACCACCUGGAGGGGCCGCAUUGAGGUGGUUCAGCCAAUAGACCCAGCUGAAGUCUCAGUGUCGCUGGAUCAUUCUCAACUACUAGUGUGUCAACAAUCUUAAAAUUAUUCCAACCCCCAUCCUUCCCAGCUGUUCAGCUGGCACCCAGGGAAACACACACUCCUACUCUGAACCCAGCCCAAACUGCAGAUUUAUAAGCUAAAUAAAUGGCUGGUUGUUUUGUUUUGUUUAAGACACUACAUCUUGGGAUGGAUGGUUUGUUAUUUAACCCUAUGUUAAUCGUGUUAAUCAGAGCAAAAAGAAAGAUAUCCUCCCCAAGCUGGGGAAAGAGAAUGUCAGGAAGGAUUUCCCUGAGUUGCCGUGGUAGCCAGCCUUAAGGGACAUGUAAGAGUUAGGCAUUCAAACUGAAACUUUGGUCCAACCUGAAAGUACAGCAUGUGCAAACUAAGGCAGAGGUGAGAGAGAAGACACUUGGUCUGAAGUCGUUUUUGUUGUCAUUUUUUCCCUAGCAAGUCAGGGAAGAGUAGAGAACAUGGGGUGGGGGCAUGGGGAGGUGGCGAGCGGAAAGAGGUCGAGGCACUGACUGUAUCUGAAUGGCCAUAAGCCAAUGAACCAAAAAGAAAAAAUUCCUUACACCUGCUUCUGUACAUCUGCGCAUUACAACUGUAUACCCCCACAUCACUCCAAAUUUUUAAAAAAGUGUCUUUUGAAUAAUACUGAUCAUAUAGUAGAUGAAAUUUUGACCUGGGCGUAUCUGCAGGAAAGAAGGCCUGGAUAAGGUCCUGCCAAGGAGAGCUUUGCACAUCUGAAGGGAAGCAUCAGGAUGCCAUGUUCCUGCAUCGUGUUAGUGCAGGGUCUAGAAAGGCAGUGUCAGAGGGCCGAAGACAACAUGCUCUGCUGUGACGUAGGUGGAGCCAGUUCCCACUGGAAGUCAGCCUCGUUCAAGGCUACCUGGCACAUUUGACAUUUAACUCUUGUUGGGUCUUGUCCCACUCCCUGCUCUACCCGCCACCCGUCCCUUAUCCUGUCUGGCAUGAGAAAGCUGUUCUGCAUUGAUGGGUGAAUGGGAACCUCUGGUGACCUCAGGUGGAAGAUCCAAGAUUACUUAUGCAUCGCAAAGGGAAUAAAAUAGAACGUGUGCUUGAGUGUCAUGGGAAGUUUAUGUCUCGUGUGUCUGCGUACACACAAAACUUCAAGAAACCCAUAAAGCCACUGCAAAUUCUAAAGCUCACAGGUGCAAUCUAUGUCUACGCCAUGUAUGGGCAAUUUCAUUCCUCCAAAGGGACUCAUGUUCUUUUUUAUCUUAUAAUGAAUUGAAGAGUGAUUGUGAUAUACUCGUCAGUACACUCUGCUUGGAGUCAGUGGAAAGUUCUACUUUCUAACUCUGUGGCUCAGGCAAAUUAUUUAUACCAACUCAAUUUUCUAUUAGAAUGGAUCUAACAAUGCCUAUCCCACAAGGCUUUCUAUAUAAUUUAAGUAUAUGACAUAUAUGAAAGUUUCAAAAUAAAUUCUAGCAGGUUUCUCAGCUCAAAUUAAAGUUUAGUUUCUUUCAUUCCUAACAUAGAACGUAAUGGCACAGAGUAAAACGCAUCAUGGAAAAGAGAGAGCCUGAAAGAGCCCUGAGGGGAAGGAGGAGUUCCUUCCUCUGAUGAAGGGACCGUGGCAGGCUACCGGAUUGCAGCCAAGCCUGGAUGACAGCUUUUCUGCACGGAAUGAGGACCCAACUUCAUUCAUUCACUCUUCUAAAGCAUGAUUGGCUUUGGUAAAAGUUACUGGGACUCAUUGGUAAACAAGACACAUUUGCUGUCCUCAAGGAAUUUAUAGUUCAAUAGGGAUAUCCGGAAUAUUGUAGUGUUUGGAAUGACCUAUAAAUUGAGUCCUAAAUGUCAGGUUAUUUAGAGUUAUCCAGGUGAAAAACAGAAAAAUAAAUAGCUUUCUUGGAGUUCCUGCUGCGAUGCACUGGGUUAGGAAUCUGACUGUAGCUGCUCAGGUCACUGCAGAGGUGUGGAUUUGCCCCCCUGCUGACACAGUAUAAGAUCUAGUGUUGCUGCAGCAAUCUCUGGCUCUGGGAACUUGCAUAUGCUAUGGGUGCAGCCCUAAAAUGAAAAAAAAAAAAAAAAAAGCUUUCUCAAUAAAGUAAGUAUUUAUUUUGUGAAAGAGUCAAGAGAUAGCAAACAUCAUUACUUGUUUAGAAACUAUAAAUAAUUCUUGUUGCCACCCACCCAAGUGGUGGAGUGAGAGGAGAGUGGCUUGAGACACAGCCAGGAAUACACAGGGAUCAGAACUUACAGUGACCGACUGUAGAUUAAUUCAUCCAACCAAUAUCUAUUGAGUACCUGCUUUAUACCAGGCAGUGUUCUCGGUUUUAGGAAUAUGGCAGUGAACAGACCAGACACAAACACUGUCCUCAGGGGCCUCAGGUUUUAUUUGGUGUAGGCAAGCCAUAAACAGGAGGAAUAAAAUAAAAGACACUGUAUGCUGGAUGGUGAAAAAUGCAGUGAAGAAAAAUUACAUUGGAAAGGGGUAUAAGCUGUGUUCACAGACGUUGUAAUUCUUCGAAAAUCUCAAGAAAAUUUUCUUUGAAUAGGUGAUAUAUCGAGGAAUAAGGAAGCAACAUCAAGACAUCUUGGGGAAAGGAUCCUUUAUAGAGAGAAGAGCAGGUGCAAAAGUCCAACACAGGAGCAUGUGUUGUAUGUUUAAGAUGUAUUAAGAAUGUCACUCUGGUGGGAUGGAAAUCCUGUGACAUCAGAUUGUUAUGAUCAUUAUACAACUACAGAUGUGAUAAAUUCAUUUGAGUCAUUAAAAAAAAAAAAAAAAAAAGGAUGUCACUCUGGAGUUCCCACUGUGGCUCAAUAGCAACAAAACUCACCAGCCUCCAUGAAGACACAGGUUCGAUCCCUGGCUUUGCUCAGUGGGUU